AUGCCCUCAAUCAAGGUCAAGACCCGCUUUGGCAAAACCGACUUCAAGUACACAAUUUCCACGCCCAACAACCCUAACGCCAAGUCGAUAGAAAAGAACCUUCCAACGUUGUUUUUCAUUCAUGCAGUCUAUUUCGCGCACGACGUUUACCACCUUCAAUUUGCCGACCCCAGAGUCAGGCGAUUUAACUUAGUUGCGUUCGACCUUCGACAACAUGGCGAAACAACUGGCGACAAACUUCCCGAAGGAUAUGGACAGCGAGAGGCGACAGAGGACGUUGCCAAGCUUAUGGACGCUUUGAAGCUCCCCGCGUGCCAUAUUGUUGGAAUGUCUCUAGGAACCAUCAUCGCAUUACAGAUGGCAGUAUCGUAUCCUGAAAAAGUUGCUUCAUUGUUUCUCAUUUCCCCACUCGGGAUUGAAGAGCCCCCCGACAUCGCCGCGGGGAGAAAGGAAAUACACGAUUGCUGGUGUGAAGCUUUCACAGACUCCACAGGCGGGAAGAUAGACGAAUCAGCACUUAUGGAUGCUGUCUACGGCGGUCUCCAGCUCGCCUUUAGCAACAAAUCAUCUACACUUAUCUCUGCGCUGAUCAAGAAUACUCUUCCCCCAGCAAGGAAGAAUUGGGGGCCUAAAGGUCUCGUACAACACCGCAUCGCUACCUUGGACAUUUUCGUCAACAGAACAUCUCAUUCUAAAGAAGCCCUUUCUAAAAUUAACGUUCCCAUCACUCUUGUUCACGGCCUUGACGACGUCGCCUAUCCUCUCGAAUACACACUUGAGCAAGAAAAGCAGAUGAGGGACGCUGGCAUCAACGUCAAAGUGGCCAAAAUCCAAAACGGUGCGCACUUCGUCGCCGUGGACUAUGGAAUUGAGAUGAAUCCAGUUUUACACGAUCAUGUCAUGGACGCUGUCAAAACCGACGUUCCACCCGCACCUGCGGAUGCAGUCUCACCGUGGGACGCUAGACUUCGGAAAAAUGGAUGGAUUCCUGGCGAUGUCUCGGACGAGGAUUAUUAA